AUGUAUUCAGAAUGGACUUCUAUAAGUUCUCAUUUCCAGUGGCUGAAUGAUGAAAGGAAUAGCGUACUCACAAAGUACCCAGAUUAUGUAGGAAGAAACGUUGUUACAACAGUUCUCAAGCCAUUAGCUUCUAAUUUAGGCAUAACUCAGGCAUCCGAACCGAGUCCGUUCAUGUCAGACGAUGAAGUGCUAUGGAAUAUGCAAGUCAUUUGUUAUGGUCUCAGCCUCCCUUUUUCAGAGCAUGAUAUUAUAAGAGAUUGUGUGUCAGUUUAUUGUGAAUGGUUAAGUUCUCUCAAUCCAGUUCCAAAGGUUAGUGUACCUCAUCCAGUUUGUGAUGAUCCUAAUUUAUAUGGAAGAAAAAUUAUUUGUCAUUUUUACAAUUUAUUUGUUCCUAGGAAAGGAGAAGCUCCAGAUACAAUUAAUAAACAAGCUGUUUUAUGUCAUAGAGUAUUAAGAACAAUUCAAAGUAUUGCCCAAACUUCAAAAGUAAUAAAUCAAGAAACUUGGGAAACUUUACUAUUGUUUCUUCUUUCUAUUAAUGACACAAUUUUAUCUCCUCCUGUAAUAAAAGAUGAUAUCUGUGAUCAGUUAAGUGAAAGAGUUUUAAGUGUACUAUUGGAAGUAUGGCUUUUGGCCUGUGUAAGAUGUUUUCCAUCUCCUCCUUUAUGGAAGACUUUAAAAGAAAUGUGCUUAAAUUGGAGACAUCGAAUUGCUUUGAUUGAACAAUGGAAUAGAGUUCAUCUUGUGCUGAUGUCCAAAAUUUUAGGAUUUCUUUUCGGUCCUAACUAUCCUCCACUAAAAAUAUGUGAAGAUGAUGUUCAACUCAUUCCAGUUGAUGCCACAGCAGAUUGUAUUGUACAAUCCUGGUAUAGGUUUCUUCAUUGCUUGGGUAAUCCAGUUAAUCUUUGUAAGCCCUCUGUCAUCAGUCAAACCCCUGAAUUUUUACAAUAUGCAAUUACAAAUGAUUCAGUGGUUGAUCCAUGUCAACAUCCUUGUUUAAAUGCUCUUCCCCAAAUUUUUCUUAAAGCCAUAAAAGGCAUAGCUGGUGAAGUUGAUGCUUUUCUUGGUAAGUGUAAUGUCAAUAUUUCAUUAUUUAUAAAAAAUUUAUUAUUUGAUUGUUCUUACUCAAAGUGGCAAUUCAAAAUCACCGGUUUUAAAAAAGAAAUGGAUCUUCUGCCAUCAACUCAAACGCCUCCCACCCAGAGGCGUCUUCCUAAGAGCUUAAGUGUUGCACCUUCUUCUGUUGCAAAGGGUAUUUUUUUAACUUUUGCACCCAGCAGACCCAAAUGCAACAGUAUAUUACACUUUUUUGGAGAUUGGUUAUUUGAGGCUGCCAAUAUCGGAAUUCAUCAUCGCAUUUUUUCUUCAACAGGUUCUAAAAUCAAUCUUACGCCUUUCGUAAUUGAUAGUAGAAAAACAAGUUCUAAUUCAUCUCAACCUUCUUCCUUGACCGACGAUAGCGAUUUAUUUGAUGCAACUACAAUGAAUAAAUUCGAAGCGGGUCGAGCUGAAGCCUUUGGAGCUCUUUGUCGCAUUUUCACCGCCAAAAAAACAGGAGAAGAAAUUUUACCCGUAUACCUAUCUCGAUUUUAUAUUUCUCUUUAUUUAGGACUUCAAAGUCACGAAAAUCGAGAAUGUACAGAUGUUAUUGCUAGCAUUCUAAUUAAUUCUACUGAUAUAUUUCGUCUCGAUUUGGACGGAGUAUUGAUUCUUCUUCCAUCAUACAUAGAAGCUUUAGAAUUGGUUUUUUUUAAAGGGUCCAAAACAUUAAACGGAUUCAAAACGGAACUUCGUCAGGCUUCUAUUCAAUUAUUAUUAUCAAUGAUUGCUCUUCCGCUACAUUUUCAGGAUUUGCAAAUAAAAGAAAUGUUUCCAAUUCAUUCCGAGGAAAAAAAUUUAACGGUAGGGGAACUAAAAUCAAGACUUUUAAAUUUGCUGAUAACCGCUUUGGAAGUAGAAACUGAUCCAAUUAAUGUUCAAAUGCUUUUGGGAGGCCUUAUACUAAGUGUAGAAGAUUCAGCUUGUUCUGAAGAGGAAGAAUCUGUUAUGCAACCCGACAAUACUUCAAAUUUAAUAUCAUCAGGCAAGAGUUUAAGUCAAGUCGAUCGAAGAAGUUUAGGAGAUUGGACGGAUUUUUCCCACGAUUCUAUCAAUGGUAAAAAAUUACAUUGUACAUUUAAGUGUUAUUGCGCUCAUGGAUUAUUUAUUAGUACAACAUACCUAGUGUGUCAGCGUUUGAUAUCGUCAUGGAAAAGUGAAUUAAACGUUUCAUUGGCUGCUUUGGAAGUCCUUUCUGCCCUCGCUCGCAUUUACGUAAAAUACUCUGAUAUUUUAGAAUCUAAAAGAGCAGUAAAGUGGCUUUGUGACUACAUAGUCAUACAAUGCAACCGACCUCCACCCGCUCAUUCUAAAGACCUUCAUAGUACAAUUGUUGCUGCUUUUUCAUGUUUAUCCGUUUGGCUCGUUUCUCAUCCAAUACUUUUAAACGACAAAGAUUGUUUUUCCACAGUUAUGGAUGUCGUCGAAUUAGGAAUUUCAGGUUCUAUAUCUCAGGGUAAGGCAGGUGAGCCAGUAAAAAUGAAAGAUCAGAAAGAACUUAAACCGGCAUCCAUGAGAGUUCGAGAUGCUGCAGAAAGUCUUCUUAAUCGUAUAUUAGAGCAGGUGGGUUAUUUUCCAUCUCCUUGUGGAGCAGAAUCAUUGUCCUCACUUUUAGAUGAAAUAUCUCUUCUAAAGUAUUGUAACUCAUGGCCAGGAGGUGACAUUGAUCGAGUUAGUGCAUGCCAGAGAUUUAAGUAUUUCGUUGUUGAUAAUAGCAUUUUGUUGGCUUUAUUGGAAGAACCAUUAGGAAACGAUCAAGAUCCUCAGCCAACUGUCACUGUAAUAAUAAGAGGUCCUUUUGGCCGUCAUGCGUGGACUAUGCAACUAAGGCAUUUACCUAGGCAUAAAUCUGGUAUUAAACAUCAGCAUACCUCCAAUCCGGGAAGGCCAAUUCCAAUAAAUGACGUAGGACUUAAAUACGAUAUUAAACAUCAGCAUUUCCCUGAUAAUAUUGAAAAAAUACCAUUGUGUAAAGUAGAUAAAUCCAUUCCCAGUAUGAGAUCUCUGACUCUUGACGAAAAACUUUCGGAUGAACAAACAAAAAUGAUUGAAUUACUUGAAAAUCAAUUGGAAUUAGAAGAAGCCAUUAAAAGAAUUGGUCAACAAUCGGAAAGAUCGUUAGAGUUCCCGGAUCCUGAUAGAGAAUGUUAUCCUCCAUCUGUAAAAAAUGAAUUUCAAACAGCAAGACUUUUUCUUUCACAUUUUGGCUUGCUUUUUCUCGACUCGGAAGUGGUAAUUUCAAUUAAUCAUUUAGCUACUCCUCUUGUAAUGCUUGACAACAGUAUUCCAGGAUUUUGUACUGAUUUGGAAGCUUUGGACUCAAUCAGUUCUAGAACUUGUGACACCGUCCACGUAUUUUAUGUUCGCACUGGUCAAAAAAGCGUACAAGAAAUUUUAUCAAAUGCAGCAGCGGAUAGUGUUGUCGAUCCCCGUUUUAUGGAAAUGUUAGAUUCAUUAGGAUGGCCGGUCAACGUUCAUCAACAUCCUGGAUGGACAGGAAACACUUCUACUAGUUGGAAAGUUCAAUCCUUAUCAAAGCAAUUUGAGGACGAUUGUGAUAAAAACAAUCCUUGCAUUUAUUCUGGGGAUAAGUACAUUCUUUAUUGGGCUGACAUAUCUUCAGAAAUAGCGUUUAUUGUACCCACUCAAAAAUCCAAUAUUCAAAUUCAACUUGAAUCCGAUCCUUCUUUGCUUCUAGGCAAACAAGGUAAAAAAAAUGUUUUUGCUCAGGCUGUAAAUAAUCAAAAUCAAAACCAAUUUAAAAUGAAAACUGGUUCACUUGAUUUGGAUAAAAAUGACAAAGAAAAAGUCGAACCGACAAGACCGGGAAGACGACUCGGAGUUUUAAAAAAUCAGCCAUUUAUGAAUCCUCCAACAAAAGUCAUGCUUGUUUGGUUGGAAAGCUACGAGGAUCACAUAACAUUUCCUGUAGACGGUUUACUCGGAUAUUGUAACACUGGCCUUGAAACGAUGCCACAAAAACCCGAAGAUACUUACGUUAUAUUUCUUCAUGCUCUUAGUAGUGGUUUGUUAAGAGUAAAAUUACAAGGUCCCACUGGAAGAAUGUCUUUAUCCAUUCCUUUGGUUGAUGGAAUUGUCGUUUCUGAAAGAACGCUAAGUUCGUUGGUUAGACAGACUGCUCUAAAUAUUUGUAAGAGAAAAAGAUUAGACAACGACAGUUAUCAUCCACCUCAUGUGAGAAGAAGGCUUAAAGUUCAAGAAUUUACAUCCCGAUAUAAACGAAAUUUAACACAUUCUCAGCUUCUCAGUUUUUUGUUUUCUUAA